AAAAAAAAAAAAAGAAAAAAAUUUGAAUUCAAGAAAAAAUUCGGUGAGUUCUGUCUCAGAUAUUUAAAACUCAAUUUUGGGAUGUGACUCUUCUCUCUCCGCAACAAAGCCAUCCUUUCUAUUUCUUCACCUUUUUUUGUUCCCCUUUUUGCCUUUUUAAUAUACUGACAUGGCGAGUCCAAUGGCUACUGCAAUGGGAGGCAAUCCCGGUAUUCCCGAAGAUCAACAACAAACAAUUAAGAUGAUUCAGGGUCUCAUGGAAUCCUGUCCUGUAAAAACUGGCAUGGCAGGCGGUGCUGGUUUUGUCAUGGGUGGUGCAUUUGGUCUAUUCAUGUCGUCUUUUGAAUAUGCCGGACCUACUGUCAAUGAAGACAUUGUGAAUCAGUCAACGAAACAGCAACUGAAGCAUGCGUUAAAGGAUAUGGGUUCUCGAUCGUGGUCCAUGGCCAAGAAUUUUGCUGUGGUCGGUGCCAUUUAUUCCGGCUCAGAAUGCUGCAUUGAAUCCUACCGCGCAAAGAACGAUCUGUAUAAUAGUGCUAUAGCAGGUUGCUUCACAGGUGGUGUAUUGGCUGCAAAGGCAGGUCCUCAAGCAACCAUGUUUGGAUGUGCAGGUUUCGCUGCUUUCUCCACUGCCAUUGAUAUGUACAUGCGUAGAGAUUAGACAACUAUAGAAGGGGUGGAUACAUCUAACGACAAGAGAUACCCGGCUACAAACCCACUGCCAAUUUCCCACUCUCUUUCGGUCAUUCUAGAAAAAAAAACAUUUACAGCUUGAUGUAUAGACAUAAAAACACAAAUCAGGGGUUCUGACUGCAUAUUGAAAAUCUUUUAAUGAAUAGAGCACAUUUUAUUUUAAUCCUCCAUCCAAAAAUG